CAAUGCGUGAUCACAAUCUUUCAAAAAGACAAACUCACACAUGAACAGCAUGAGAAGGAGACAAUGAGAGCAGCCCCGAAGAUCGAUAAUGAUCGUUGUUCUUGAGCCUCGCAGCCAUCAGGCAGUUCUCACUUCAUCCCAUCUGUCAGAUAUUUGCCACUGGGUAGGUGAGAGUGCGUUGGAGGGGGGCAGAAGACAAAUGAGGGUAAGUGACACAGAGAGGGGUUUGUAUGGGGGGUGAUGCGUGCCAGCUCAUGACCCAGAGAGAUAAACAGACUUGGCCCAGGCAGGUAGGACAGGAGCUCUCGCAGCCGAUUGGCUGCCGUGACUCUGACAGACGCGUCGGUCCCUCCCCCUCCUGGCAGCCUGCCGAAACUGCACAUAUGAAUGUGUGUGUGUUUGUGAGGGAGCCGGCAGACUGAGGCGAGCCGCGGAGGCAGGCUCCAACUCCAAUCCAAUGAGCGCGCAGCCCUCACACACAGACGCACACACCUCAACCCUGGGACUCAAGAAGAGGAGGAAGAGGAAGGAGAAUCGGAGGGAGAGACCCUGAGAGAGGCAGCGCGGGAGAGUGAGGGAGUCAGAGAGGGGGAGACUGGCAGGGUGUGAGGGAGAACACCAUGGCUUCAGAUCCGGGGCUGACUGCUAUGCUUCUGUGGACUAUAUCCCUCCAGACUGUGGGUUCAGCGGGAACCAGCGGCAACGAAGUGAAUCUACUCGAUACGACGACGACCACAGGAGACUGGGGCUGGCUCACCUACCCGUCACAUGGGUGGGACGCCAUUAACGAGAUGGACGAGUACUUCACCCCGAUCCACACGUACCAGGUCUGCAACGUGAUGAGCCCCAGCCAGAACAACUGGCUGGUGACGGGCUGGAUUCCCCGAGAGGGAGCCAGAAGGAUCUACAUCGAGGUCAAGUUCACCCUGAGAGACUGCAACAGCAUGCCUGGAGUACUGGGAACCUGCAAGGAAACCUUCAACUUGUACUAUUAUGAGUCUGACAGAGCCGUGGGCUCAGCCAUCCGGGAGAACCAGUUCAAUAAAAUUGACACCAUAGCUGCUGACGAGAGCUUCACUGGCGUCGACCUCGGAGUCCGAAGACUUAAACUCAACAAAGAGGUGCGAGGCGUGGGCCCCCUGACCCGGCGAGGCUUCUACUUGGCCUUCCAGGACAUCGGCGCCUGCAUCGCCCUCACCUCCGUGCGGGUGUACUACAAACGCUGCGUGGGGGUGAGCCGUAACCUGGCCGUCUUCACCGACGUGGUGACGGGGGCCGACUCGUCCUCCCUGGUGGAGGUCAGAGGUCAGUGUGUGGACCACGCGGAGGAGAGAGACACGCCAAAGAUGUACUGCAGCGCAGAGGGGGAGUGGCUGGUGCCCAUCGGGAGGUGCGUGUGCUCGGCUGGAUUUGAGGAGCACAGAGACUCCUGCGUCGCCUGCGAGGUGGGUUAUUACAAACCGGUGGCAGGGGAUGGCCCGUGUGGCAAAUGUCCUCAGCACAGCCACUCAGAGACCAGAGCUGCCAUCUCCUGCCCAUGUGACUCCAACUACUAUCGAGCGGCAGACGACCCCCCAGCAGCUCCAUGCUCCCGCCCUCCAUCUGCUCCUGUGAGCGUCAUCUCCUCCGUCAACGGGACCUCUGUGAAUUUAGAGUGGGAUCGUCCUCUGGACACCGGGGGUCGCAGCGACCUGCAGUACAGCGUGCUGUGUCUGAAGUGCUCCAGGGAAGGACCCUGCGAGGACUGUGCUUCCUCUCCAGGAGGCGGAGGAGGGAAGGCAGGUGGCGGGGCGAGCAUCGGAGCUGCUGGAGGUGGAGUGGUGGAGCGUUUGGGGACAGCGAGCGUGAAGUUCAUUCCUCGGCAGAACGGCCUUACAGAGCCUUGGGUGACGGUGCUCAACCUGGUGGCUCACACCAACUACUCCUUCCGCAUCGUGGCCACAAACGCAGUGACUCACCUGAGUAGUGAGCGCUCUCCGUACGCAUCGGUAAACAUCACAACAAACCAGGCAGCGCCUUCUGAAGUGUUAGCGAUUCGCCAGGAGAACGCCAGUCAGAACAGUGUGACUCUGCUGUGGCACGAACCGGACCAGCCCAACGGAGUCAUCCUCGAGUACGACAUCAAAUACCACGAGAAGGAUAACGAAGAGCAGACUUAUUCCACUCUUAAGUCCAAGAACACCAGCGCUCGAGUGUCGGGACUGAAGCCGGGAACCAAGUACAUUUUCCAGAUCCGUGCCAGAACCUCUGCGGGGUGUGGGCGCUUCAGCCAGAAUGUGGAGAUUCAGACGGGCAAAGCAGCUCCUCUGCGUUACAACACCAUGACCAUCAUUUGGAUCUGCAUGGCGCUGGUGUCUGGCCUGGUCGCCUUCCUGGCCGUCAUCAUCUGCAGGAAACGGCAAGGCUACACUUUACCACACUACCCGUCGCUGCUACACUGUGGCUACAGCAAAGCCUUCCAAGACUCUGAUGAGGAGAAGAUGCAUUACCAGAACGGUCAUGUGUCAUUCCCUGAUGCGAGGUUCUAUAUCGACCCGCACACGUACGAGGACCCCUGCCAGGCGGUCCACGAGUUCGCCCGAGAAAUUGAAGCUUCCAGGAUCAAAAUCGAGAAAAUUAUUGGCUCAGGCGAGUUUGGGGAGGUGUGCUAUGGAAGGAUGAGGCUCCCGGGGAAAAGGGACAUCCCAGUGGCGCUGAAGACUCUGAAGGCAGGAUACACGGAGAAGCAGAAGAGGGACUUCCUGGCUGAGGCAUCCAUAAUGGCCCAGUUUGACCACCCGAAUGUCAUCCGCCUGGAGGGAGUCGUAACUCACAGCAAACCAGCGAUGAUCAUCACAGAGUACAUGGAGAACGGCUCUCUGGACUCCUUUCUGCGGAGACACGACGGCCAGUUCACCAUCAUCCAGCUGGUUGGGCUGCUGCGCGGCAUCGCGGCAGGAAUGACCUACCUGUCUGACCUGGGCUACAUCCACCGCGACCUGGCUGCCCGCAACAUCCUGGUCAACAGCAACCUGGUGUGUAAGGUGUCUGACUUCGGCCUGUCCAGAGUCCUGGAGGAUGACCCCGACGCUGCAUACACCACCAGUGUGAGUUUUCACAUCGAGGGCGGGAAAAUCCCAAUCCGCUGGACGGCCCCCGAGGCCAUUGCAUACAGAAAGUUCUCCUCGUCGAGCGACGUGUGGAGCUACGGCGUGGUCAUGUGGGAGGUGAUGUCUUACGGAGAGCGGCCAUACUGGAACCUCACCAACAGAGACGUGAUCAAGUCUGUGGAAGAGGGCUACAGGCUGCCGGCUCCGAUGGGCUGCCCUGCUGCUUUACACACACUCAUGCUGGACUGCUGGCAGAAGGAUCGCAACGAGAGGCCGCGCUUUUGCCAGAUAGUCACUAUUCUUGACAAGCUAAUCCGCAACCCGGAGAACCUGAAGUCUGUGGACAAGCUCUGCAGUUUAAACAGUCCUCCGCUGACGGAGAGAGCUAUCCCUGACUUCAGUAGCUGUAACUCAGUAGACGAGUGGCUGGACACCAUAAAGAUGGGUCGCUACAAGGAACACUUUGCAGCGGGGGGCUACUACACUCUGGGACAUGUCAUAAGCAUGAAGCAAGGGGAUAUUCAGAGGCUCGGGGUGACGCUGAUGGGCCAUCAGAAGAAAAUAAUGACAAGCGUCCAGCUAAUGAGGGCACAAGUCCUCAACAAGAGCGUCCCGUCAGUGCACGUAUAACUCCAAAGUCGAGGUUUCUUUCUGCUAAGAUCUGAACCUCCAGGUCUUUUUUUUUGCAGUUCAGAAGGACACAACGUGGAAAAAGUUCACCAGAAAAGCAAGAGAAGGAGAUGUGUCAGAACUCUACAGAUUUUUAUUUGAGAUAAAGAAGCGAAAGGCGGGAGGUUUUACCAAGGGAACACGGGAUCAAGACUUCUUUGGGACAGACUUCUUUGUUUUCUUCCUAACAUUUAUAUUUUAUGUCUUGUUUAUGAAUGGAAAGACUGCCUUAAUUACCACAAAUAAUUUACAUUUCAUCGUCUACAAAGAAAAGAUUAUUUAUCAUGAUUUUAUCAGAGUCCUAUAAUUUACUCAACCAGGAAGGAAAAGGGGUGCAGACCGUGAAAUUAUGCUGUUUCCUGUCAUGAUGACACUCACUAACUUUGUCGCGGCAACACUAUGAAGGAAAUGAGGUUUGCUUAAACUUCCGGGUUGUCCUUAGCAUGAAGGAGAGGAUCCACCUCAGGCUACCGAUGCCAACCGCAGGCACAGUUUCUUGUCCACUCUUGAAGAAUGAGACCAAAAGAGCCUUUAAGCUCUCUGCCCAGUUUCAAGCUGCACAGCGCACAACAGCUGUACUUUGAAAAUGUGUGCGAGUCAUUGAAAGUGCACUUUAUUAUACAGUCUACAGGUUGCAAAGGCUCAGUGCAGUUGUGUCAAAAGCUUUCAGACAUGACCAGAGCCACACAACUGAUAUUUAAAAAAAAAAAUCUGUUUCAGAAAUGUUUGAAUUUGCCAAAAAGUAAGAUGACCAAGAGACAUAUCACCAAUAAAAAAAAAAAACAUGAAUGAAAAACAAUUACAUAUAAUUACAGUGUUGCACAUAUUCAUAUUGUAAUAGAUCAUUUUACUAAUGCUUUUAUUUAUGUUUAGAACUCUUUGGUUUCUUUCUUUACUUAAGUAAUAAAUGUGAUUGUAAUUAAGAGAGCAUCUCCUUUAAUUAUUUUUUUUGUUUAGUAAUUUUCAAAAUUAGAUAAAUAAAUAUUAUUAGUAUAUAUUAUUAAUAUAUAAUUGGAAAAUUUUUAAAACCUAGCCAACAAAAAUAAAAUCAAGCAAAAUUAUUCUGUUUGGGUGGUUCCUAUAGAAACUGAGGUUAACUCUGUCUCACUUUAGAGAUGCAUAUCUUGCAUAAUGUUUGUAAAUAUGAUUUGGAUUUUGAACACCUUCUUCAAAAAACUCAAGGACAUUCAACAAAGCAAAAUCCAAUAAAAAUGACCUAAAAAACAUUAAAAGUGAAUCUAUUUCUGAGUAUUUAUAUUUUCUCCUACAUAUUAAUAAUCUACAAGCAUCUGAAAAAGCCCCCAAAAAAUAUUUUGAGAAAACAUAUGCAGUAUAUAUAUUAGUAAAUAUAUUUCAAUGAGGAGAGAUCUUGAAAGAGUGAUUGAAAGAUGUAAUAAUGAAACAGGAAUUGGCGUUGGGUCUUUGGACUGGAGACAUAUUGUGUUCUUAGGAUGACUUUGGAUCAUAUGCAGAAACCCCAGACGCUGAUGGUGGUUCCCGCUCUAAAGUGAAGAGCCAGGAAGAGAAUGGGGCAGAGGUAAGCCGGCAAAAUGUCUGAAACGCAAAUAAACAAAACUUCUAUGAAAUUUAAGGCAGGAAAUUGGUCAUGAAGAAAGUGAGCGCUUUAGCUAUUGGUCAAGAAUGAGGACUGAUCGUCAUAUGGAGUGAAGAAUCAGCAUCCAGUCGUGAAAAAAUAAGGACACCCUAUGAAAUCCUGUAUGUUUUCCCAUAUAUUUGAAUACAUAAACAUUUAAUACCAAUUUGAAAAUCACAGUGAUCCAAGUGAUAUCACUUGAUAUUAAAAACAUUUUAAGCCUAUUUGAAACUUUCAAUGAAAUGUCAUUUUUAAAGAAUGUAAUUUCUGCUUAAGUUUAAGUUUAGACUUGAAAAAAGUGUCUCAAUGAUGUGAUUACAGCCAAAGGAGCAAAAACAGCUGAUAAAGGGCAGGAAGUCCAAACUCUCACCUCCAUUAAAAUUCAUUUUAUCCAGAUAUUUUUUUCUAUGAGUAGAAUAAUAGUGAUGUUUUAGUUCGAUUUUUAUUAAAUCCCUGUAUUUUUUAGAAAAUUUUCAAAAUAAGAUUAAACAUUGAGAAAUGAACAUAUUUUAAUUACCUAAUGAGGCUGUCCUGAUGUCUUCACAUGGAAAUAAGCUAGAUCUUCCUUAUUGAAACUGCACCAAACCUUCACUCUUAAUUUGAUUUAUUUUUUUAGGGAAAAUAUUGUUCAGCAGGCUGCUAAAAGCACACCAACCAUUUCAAUACCUAAUUUUAUUUACUUUUUUUUUUUUCCUGAAAAUACAAAUACAAAAUACAGAAUACAAAGCAAGUAAAAACAAUAUAUCAGGGUAUGGUAAAACGUGAGUCAAAUGUAAUUUUCCUAUAAGUAAAAAUGUUUUUCUUUGUGCCUCCAGUACUUUUAAACACUGAAUUUGUAUUUAAAUCAAUGUAAUACAUUUCUUUUUAAAUUUUGUUGACAGUAAUUCAUAAUAUCUGAUUAAAAAAAAAAUUCUCACGGUCUUUGAGUUUGAAACAUAAUCACGCAUAGCUCUUGUGUAUAUUUCUAUUUUUUUAUACAUGUUAUAGAAGUAGAGUUUAAUAAACAAACUUUUACAGUUAAUUUUGAGACAAGCUCAUAUUCAUUCAGUCCAUGAAAUCUGUACAUUUUAAACAAAGAUUUCGAAGUGAAUUUGGAAUAAAUAAAAGUGCCCAUAAGCUCCAUAGACUGUAGAAUAAAGUGUAACUUCUAAGUGUGAUUAUAAAGUCUGCCUCUGCCUUGAUAAAAACACAAAACAAAGUAGAAUGUCUGGAAACGAAUGAUGUUAUAAAAAAUUACAAAUCAGCCCAAAUUUAUGCCUUCCUCCCCUUUGUGCCAUCAAGAGAAUGUCUUUUCCUGUGCACCUCAGUAGGUUUUCCUCUAGUUGGUUGAUGUCAGAUUUUAUUAGAGAAGAACUCUAUGAUGUUUCUUGUAUUAUAGUGACAUUUCACUGCUAGUUUCAGAUUUGUUUUUUUCUUCUGAAUGCUUUUGAAGACACUGGACUUGAACUGAAAACCCAUAUUUUAUAAAGUUAGGAUAUGUUUUUGCUAGAUGAAUUGAUUUAUAAUGUAUAAAAGAAGUUCAGUCACUUGAAGGAAGGAAAAAAAGAGAUUUAUUCACUAUUUUUAUUAUUUAUUCAUGCUUUUGUUUUGUUUUUUAAAUCUGAGAAGAUUUCUUAUCAUUGAUGGAUCAUUCUUGUUGCUAAUGAUAAAUCAUAAAUGUGCAAACUGUCCAUAAAAACACAAUAAAGGAACGUUUGUGUGUGUGUGACUGCAA